CAUGCUCAGGCUCCAGAAGAGGCUGGCCUCCAGCGUCCUGCGCUGCGGCAAGAAGAAGGUCUGGCUGGACCCCAACGAGACUAACGAGAUCGCUAACGCCAACUCCCGUCAGCAGAUCCGUAAACUGGUGAAGGAUGGUCUGAUCAUUCGUAAACCAGUUACAGUCCACUCCAGGGCCCGCUGCCGCAAGAACACACUGGCACGCCGCAAGGGAAGGCACAUGGGAACAGGUAAGAGGAAGGGUACCGCUAAUGCCCGUAUGCCAGAGAAGCUGUGCUGGAUGCGGCGCAUGAGGAUCCUGCGUCGUCUGCUGCGUCGCUACAGGGAGGCCAAGAAAAUCGACAGGCACAUGUACCACAGCCUCUACCUGAAGGCCAAAGGUAACGUCUUCAAGAACAAGCGCAUCCUUAUGGAGCACAUUCACAAGCUGAAGGCAGACAAGGCCCGCAAGAAGCUCCUGGCUGAUCAGGCUGAAGCUCGUCGCUCCAAGACGAAGGAGGCUCGUAAGCGCAGAGAAGAGCGUCUCCAGGCCAAGAAGGAGGAGAUUAUCAAGAAUCUGUCCAAAGAGGAGGAGACCAAGAAGUAAUCUGCUUCUUUUAGUCCAGCCUGACUGUGCCACCUGUCAAGUGCCGACAAUAAAAGUGUAUAUAAAGACACAAA